AUGUGUAUAAUAGAAAAUCCAAUCUAUACUUGUGACAUUUGGCGUAGUUGCGAGAAAACAGCGUCUCCUUCUGCACGAGAAUAUAGUUCAUGUCAUGUGCGAAAUGAGUCCAAGCCAGCCAGUGGCAGCUUUGGUGCACUACAUCAAUCGCGUCUUCCUGGGCACUCAAAACUGACGCUGGAACGGUCCGCAACUGCACCUUUCUAUCCAGGCCUUCGUUCGUUUCGCCUCUUCCAAGGCGAAUUUCCCUAUCAGCUAAAUUUCUUUCACUCUGCCACCCACAACUUGCCAACUGGGACUGCUCUUGCUCCUGCUCUACUGAUUAGCCUCUUUCUCUUUCCUAAUCCUGCUCAUGCCCCAAGCCUGGCAACCAGUACAGAUGCUUUCUUUCUAAUCGGAUCACCUUGA